GGGCGCUACCCUAGCGACUCAAGGCGCUUGCGGCUGGGCGCAGAACGCCAGUCUCUCUGCAACGCCGCGUGCGACCGCUCCGCAGCAGAGGUGGGUGCCUGCCGCUGCCUUCGCGCCGCCGCUACAGCCAACACCACCGCCACCAUGCCCAACUUCGCCGGUACCUGGAAGAUGCGCAGCAGCGAGAAUUUCGACGAGCUCCUCAAGGCGCUGGGUGUGAACGCCAUGCUGAGGAAGGUGGCCGUGGCGGCUGCGUCUAAGCCGCACGUGGAGAUCCGCCAAGACGGGGAUCAGUUCUACAUCAAGACAUCCACUACUGUGCGCACCACGGAGAUCAACUUCAAGGUCGGAGAGGGCUUCGAGGAAGAGACAGUGGACGGACGCAAAUGCAGGAGUUUACCCACGUGGGAGAAUGAGAACAAGAUUCACUGCACGCAGACACUUCUUGAGGGGGAUGGCCCUAAAACUUACUGGACCCGAGAGCUGGCCAACGAUGAGCUAAUCCUGACAUUUGGCGCCGAUGAUGUGGUGUGCACAAGAAUUUAUGUCCGGGAGUAAAGGUGGCCAGCUUGUUCCUGCUUCAUGACCGGAUGCAAACUCCCCUGAGGAGUAUGUCGUGGCCCCACACUGCCAGUGGGUCUUUCCUCCACACACCUCUCCCCCAUGAAUAUUAGGCAACCCCAUUUUCCCUAUGACAAUGUUGUAGUGUCCUCCCCUCAGGCUCCUGUUGCCUUGUGUACCCUUGGUUUGGCAUUUGCAUGAUUGUACCAGUCAUUAAACUGAUUGGCUGCA